AUGUUGGUGGAGCGUAGGAGGAUUUCUGGGUAUGGGAGUGUGCCCAUGUCGCCUCCGGAGAAGGAGUUGAAGAGGAUGGCACCUUGUGCAGAGGAUCAGUUCAGCAAGAAGAAACUGAAAAAGCAACAGAGACUUAAGGAAUUGGAAGCUGAGCGUGAGACGGAGAAGAACAAAUGGUUGGCUUUUACGACAAAAAGCGCCAAGAAAUCUGGAUCAGCUGGCAUUCCAAAGAGCAUCUUUGCGUCUCCGGACAAUGUCAAUGGGAGGGUAGGAAUUGGAACCUGUGGGGUAGCGGGCAAGCCCAUGACCGAGACCAAGACCUGCGAAAAGUGGCGCAAAGGUAUCUAA